AUGUUUCGUCCACCAAUAUGUAAAAGUAAUAAUUGCCUUUCACCACAUAUAAAACCAUCAUCAAAUAAAAAAAUUAAGUUAUAUAGUUGUUUAUCAAUAAGUUCAAAUCAACCUCGUUCAAUGACGGAUUCAAAAUGUGUAAAAAUAUUAAAUUUAGAUAAUUUUACAAUAAAUCAAUCAUUUGAUGAAACAAUUCAUAUACCAUUAGUAAAACAAUUUCGACAAAAUACAACAUUUUAUAUACAUUUUUAUAUUUAUCAUGGUAUUGAUCCAUUUCAAGAUCGAACACAUAUUUAUCGUCAACGAUUAAUAUCAAAAUAUCUUAUUCCACAACAAAAUUUUAUGAAUCUUUUACAAGAAAAAUUACCUUCAAGUCUAACUGGUAUUAAUGAACAAAAUCAAAAUAAAUCAAUCAAUAAUUCAUCGGAUAUACCUAUAACUCAUAUUUUAAAAAGAAUUAUAUUUCAUGGUGUUAAUCAAGAUAUUAUAUUUGAUAGAUUCGACAUUCCACCAGAACUUUAUCAUUUAAUGACUCUAUAUUCUCAAACAACUUAUGGUCCUUUGAUUAGUUUGGAUGAAUUAACUACUCGACUUCGAGAUUAUCAACCAGUGAAUAUAUCAGAUGAUAAUAUUGAAUUAAAAGUAAUUUAUACUCCUAUAUCAAUUGGUCGUAUGAGAUUAUGGGUUAAUUUUGAACGAGCACUUGAAUCUACACGAUUAUAUGGAUUUUCAGAUAAAGAAAUCGAUGAAAUAAAAGGUAUUUUUGCUGAUAAUAAUUUACCAAUAUUAGCAUUAACAUUUCUUGUUGCUGCUUUUCAUACUUUAUUUGAUUUUUUGGCUUUUAAAAAUGAUAUUAAUUAUUGGAGACAUAGAAAAACAAUGGUUGGAUUAUCAUUACGAACAGUUUUAUGGCGUUCGAUUAGUAAUGUUAUUAUUUUUCUUUAUUUACUUGAUUCGGGUGCAAGUUUAUUAGUUCUUAUUCCAUGUGGAAUUGGUUCAUUAAUUGAAAUUUGGAAAGUAACAAAAGCAUUAAAAAUGAAAAUUCGAUUUAAUGGUUAUAGACCAAUGAUUACAUUUGGAGAAGUAUCAAAAGAAGAAGCCGAUACAAUGUUACAUGAUUCAACGGCUAUGCGUUAUUUAUCUUAUCUUCUAUAUCCACUUUGUAUUGGUUUAGCUGUUUAUUCACUUAUUUAUAAUAAUCAUAAGAGUUGGUAUUCAUGGAUAAUUAAUUCACUUGUUAAUGGAGUUUAUGCUUUUGGAUUUUUAUUUAUGAUGCCUCAAUUAUUUCUUAAUUAUAAACUUAAAUCUGUUGCUCAUCUACCAUGGAGAGCAUUUAUGUAUAAAGCAUUCAAUACAUUUAUUGAUGAUCUCUUUGCGUUUAUAAUUACAAUGCCAACAGCUCAUCGACUUGCAUGUUUUCGUGAUGAUUUUGUUUUUCUUAUUUAUUUAUAUCAAAAAUGGCUUUAUCCGGUUGAUAAAACUCGAGUAAAUGAAUAUGGUGAAGCAUUCGAUGAAUCAACGAAACCGAAAACUGAAUAA